AUGGCCUUCUUUAAAAAACCCGCGAAAUAUUGGACUUUUGACGCAAUUGCAUCACACUACUGUAGCCACGACGACAAAGUUUUCCGUAUUCUCAACAAUAUUAAGAAAGAUCUUCAGCGACGUGCAGGAAUGGAAGAUAGUGAUGCUCAAAAGGCAAAAGAACUUCUGGAUUCUGGCUGGAAGGUACAUAAAAAAUAUGUUGAAGUUUAUAAAGUGGAGCUCCGCAUCAGCACCUACCCAUAUUACUCCGCGUUUUAUGGUUAUGAUCCAGUUUCGGUGCUUAUGCGUCACUGCACCUACCUAUAUUACUCCGUGUCGUAUGGUUAUGAUCCCGUUUCGAAACUCGUUACAGACGUGAAGACUCGUGUAACUGUUGACCAAAUUAGGAGCAAGGCCAUUAGUUCAACUUUCGCUGAUGGAGCAGAAUCGAUGUCAAAAGUUCGUAACGUGAUUCUUGAUGAUAUCAACGCUAUUGCAUCAACGUCAACUACUCUUGAAGAUCCUCUUAAGGGUUAUGAAGAGUAUGAAGCUGACUCUUCUGAUUCGGAUUAUGAUGAGAAGACUGACAAACGAAAAUCCAAUGAUAGUGAUUAUGAACCAGAUAAUAAUUCUUCCACUUCCUCUGAUUCGGACCAUAAUCAGAAAAAAAAGCCUAGGACACCAUCCCCACAACCAACAAACAAAGCAGAUGUUAUUAUCACUCCACAAAAACCAAUCCUUUCUGGAAAAUCCGCACAAUAUUUACAUAAUCAUAUAGAAAUAAAAACAAAUGAUCAACACGCAAUUUUGAAAACUGAGGAGGUUUCUAUCAAAAUUCCGGAUGCGAUUUAUAACUGGAUUUCCAAAGUACUUUCAACUGAUAAGAAAGAAUUUAAAAAUGCCAUAAUGGCACAACUUGAAUCAGAUUGCGAAGAUCAUCAUCAUCAUUUUCGUCAAGUAUGUGUUUCCGGUUUUGAUUUAAUUAUAAAUAAAGCAGACGGUAUAGGUAUAAAGGUUUCAUGUAACCAGGCAGUUGUAUUUCUCGAGGUAUCUGGCGGUCCUAAUAAACCGGAUGUCAAACACAUAAAAGGUGACUCGGAGAAACUUUUAAAAGAAGCUACAUUUGGAUUAGUUUCUUUACUUAGAAACUAUUUAGAUAAACCUGCAGAGAUGGCAAAGAACAUACAUGUUUAUAUGAUACAUUGUAUUGGUGAUAGAAUGACAUUAAGUGAAUUUUCGCUUAGUGAAAAAUAUCGUUACAAAACUUCCCAAAUUAAAUCCGCCCGAUUACAAUUUUCAUUUGUUGAAGUUGCAGACUAUUUGGAAAUUUUUGAAUUAUUAUAUGCUUUAAUAGAUGGGCUUGAAAGUCAAACGAAAGAAUUACAGAAAUUAAGAUUAUCCACUAAUGAUGAUGUACCCAAAGUUCGAGAGUGGCUUUGGGUUCCGGACACAAUUGCAACUUGGACAAGCGGAUUGCCAUAG